AAUGGCCCAACCUUUUGCCUAUUUGAUCUAUAACACUCAUACAUCAAUUAUCAAUACAUCAUGGAGAUUAACUAGCAUUUUCUCCGUAAAUCAGGUGAGACAUAUGUGUAAUUAAAACACUCAUGGAGUCAUGGUGAGAUCAAAUGCUAUAAAUUGGUCCAAUUUUGCGAGAGAAGCAGUCAAUCAAAUCAAAUCAAAUCAAAUUGGAGAGAGAGAGAGAUUUAGAGGUCUAAAGAAGAAAAAAAAGAUAAUGAUAAAGGCAGUGAUAGUGAUGAAUACUCAGGGAAAGCCUCGGCUCACUAAAUUCUACGAUUUCCAGCCUCCAGAGAAGCAACAGGAGCUAAUUCGUACUCUCUACUCAGUAUUAUGCAGUAGGCCUGAAAAUGUGAGCAACUUUGUGAAUUUCGAAUCCAUAUUUGGUCCGGAUUCUCGACUCGUUUACAAGCAUUAUGCAACCCUUUACUUUGUAUUUGUGUAUGACAAUGCUGAAAAUGAGCUAGCGAUGCUUGAUCUGAUACAAGCUUUUGUUGAAACUUUGGACAGAUGCUUCAAGAAUGUCUGUGAGCUUGACAUAGUGUUCAAUUAUGGCAAGCUGCAUGCUAUUCUUGAUGAGAUCAUUUUUGGAGGCCAAGUAUUAGAAACUAACUCUGCAGAAGUUAUCAAGGCUGUUGAAGAAAUAUCAAGGUUAGAAACCGCUUCUGCCACCAUCAGCCUUGUUCCAAAAUCUGUUUCUAGCUGGCGGAGGUGAAUGUGGGACCGUGGAAGAUUCAGCAGAUAACUUCAUACGAUGCCUAUGUAUAUCAACAGAAUGUGAAUGCCACGCCACCGUAGUGGUAGGCUUGUCAAAUAGAAAAAUUAUGAGUGAGGUAAAAUCGUAAAACUGGGUUUCAGCAAAGCGGUUUGUGUUGCGUUAAAAAACAGUGUUGAAGACCUUAAAUGUAUUUUCAUGAAGGUCUAGAUUGGAUUUCAGGUUAAAUAACAUCACCAAUAUAUAAAUGUAUUUCUACAUCAA